GAAGAGGAAAAAGAACAUAUUAGGCUAUCUUAAGCUAAACCUGCCAAGAACGAACACUAUGAAAAGGGCUGGAAGCAUUAUUUUUGUAUGAUAGUUUUUAGAAAGAAAUCAACAAUGCGCUAAGAUGUAAAAUCCAAUGUAUGUUGCGAUGCUUGUUUUAAUUAUUUUAAAUCAACCUGCUCUGAGUUAGCUACCCGAGCUAAUGAAGUCAUAACCGUUGAAUUGAAGUUUAUCUACAGAAUGGCGGCUUCAUCAUCGCCUCUGUCCGGGGUCAAUGUAGUUUUGGUCAUGGCUUAUGGCAGCUUGGUGUUUGUGCUGCUGUUUAUCUUCGUCAAAAGGCAGAUCGUGCGUUUUGCAAUGAGAUCCCGCCGUGGACCCCACGUACCUAUUGGCCACAAUGCACCGAAGGGUUUGAGGGAAAACAUCGACUCGAAGCUCUCCAAGGUCCAGGAGAUACGAUUCGAACCUCGGCUCUUAUCACAAGAGGAUGAGAGACUCAGGCGGGGAUCACAGAUGAGUUGCUACAACUAUCUAUACCGAAUGAAAGCCCUGGAUGCCAUCCGUGACUCAGGAAUUCCCAUGCAGGAGAUAAGCGGCACUCCCAGUGCAUUCACUGGGCGCAGCUUCAGGAACUGGCUGGUGGAGCUGCGCAAUUCCCACUCGCUGAUUAAGAGCAGCCGGAGCGCGCUCAUCGACCGCCUACUAGAAGGAUACGACAGCGCCCGCCAUGGAACUGGGGCGUUUGGUGAGGCAGAGUUUCUGGAAUACCAACAAGCUCUUGAGGAACUGGUGGAUGUUGUGAAGGCCUACUCCAGCAGCACCAGCCUGGACCAGCAGCACCAGUGUGCAGCUAAAGAUCUAACGGGCUCCCCAGUCCGCGGCACUCCUUCCACCAUCCAGGUCACCUACCUGCCUUCCACGGGUCAGCGUAGCAAGAGGCCCAAACAUUUCCUGGAGCUCAAAAGCUUCAAAGACAACUACAACACACUGGAGAGCACUCUGUGAAUCACUGAGCGAUGGAAGAUCUGUGACAGACUGUGACGGGGUUUUUAGGUAGCUCUUAGAAAUUGUAAACAAAGUCUGGGAGUUAAUCAGACUCUGCCUUUAUGUGUAUGUACUUUAGAAGUGGUUUUCAGCCGUACUUUGGACCUAAUGAAUGAUCUUUAGAGAAAAAUUAUGCCCACAAAAGUUUUUUUAAUAAGUUAUUUUAUUUAAUGUCUCCCAAAUUUUUAUUGUAAAUACACUUUUUUUUUUAUUAAUGUAUUUGUAAAAUAUUUAAUUUGUAACUUAUUGAUGCUUUUGAGUUGUAUUUGUACAUAAUUAAGGUGAAGAAAAGAAAACAUUCAAUUCUGA